AUGCGUAUGAAAAAAUUCAGUCAGAUAAAAGCACAACUUGAUAUUAGUUAUUUGACGGACGAUCUAUUUAUACUAAGUACUGUUAUUCUCGCUCUUAUAGGAUGGGGUACUGUGGUUAUUUCUUCAGUUAUAGCAAGUCUUAGAGCUGUAUAUUUUCCUUACUAUUCAUGGUGGAUUAUUGUAUAUCAAUUUUUUGUUAUUUUUUGUGUUAUUGCAAUAAUUCUAUCGAAUUCAGGAGAUACAUAUCGAAUUGCUUUAGUUGGGCAUAUAGCUGUUGUGAUUUCUUGUGAGUUGAUGAUAUGUAAUUCUUUGUUAUAUGGUUUUGAACCAUCUCAACCUAUUGUUGUUUCUGGAUAUAUUUUUCUUUUUAUUAUUAAUGCUAUAUGGGUGUUGUAUUUCGGAACUACAAAUGAUUCAAUUUUUCACUCAUGGACAAACUCAUAUAUAUUAUCUGAAUCCUGUAAAAAUACUCAAAAUCAGUUCAUUUCUAGACCAGCUUUGACUAAAGAUAUUAUAACAAAUAAUGAAAAUUUCAAUGGGUCUCGUUCCAAUGAUAAUCAAGUAUCAACGUGUUUUUCUCAUAAUCUUCAGCCAUUAAAUUCUUUGAAUAAUACAGAAAAUAGUAUAAUGGCGUCUAAUGAAUACCCGCAUAGAGCAAAAGCUGUAUAUUCAUGUGCGUUUAUUUUAAAAAAAAUUGAUAUUUCAGUGAUAUUUUUAGAUAAUGCAAGUCCAGAUGAUCCUCGAGAAGUAUCAUUUGUCAAAGAUGAGAUUCUAGAAAUAGGCGAUAUUAGUGGGAAGUGGUGGCAAGCUCGAAAAGAAGAUGGAACCAUAGGAAUUGUUCCUAGUAAUUAUUUGCAGCUUAUAACAAAUGAUUAA